AGAAAGAAAGAAAAAAAAAUGAAAACAAGAGACUAGAAAGCAAAGGAAGAGGGCAGAGGAGGAUAAGGAAAGAGUGGGGGUAGAGAUGGAGCCUAAGGCACUGCCUCGAGGGCAGCACAUUUUGGACUGGGGAGGAAGGCUGAUGCAGAAAGAGGGAGAUGGAGGCUGCCAACAAUCCUGAGUGUACAAUUAAGCUGAGAAUACAAAACCAUUAGGGUUUAUGGCCACUUAAGUUCUUACAAAACCAAGUAAAAUGUUUAUUUUCUUAAAAUGGAUUUUAUUUCAGUUUGGGAGUUCUGUUUGAGUGUCUCAUGCCUGUGCAGCCUGUGGCAUGAGCUGAUGUGACCGAGCCAGUGCUGCUUCCUCUGUGAGCUGCCACUUCACUUCCUGCAAUGGGUGGGUUCACACGGCUUUGCCAAGGCUACUGCAAAGGGCUCCACAGGAUUGGACCUGGGUGUUUCUCAUGUCCUUGUGUGCUUCCUGCUGCCCUUGUGCUUUUUCUUUGAUCACACCACUCACCAGUUUUGUGGAAGGUGAAUCUACUCUCCAUCUUGGAUUCCGACAGUGACAAACGUCCUUGGUAACCUAGUGUUGCUCCAGAUGGUGAAUUUGCAGUCCCUGCAUCAUUGCAGUAAGGCAAAAUGCUUUGCAGUGCCUUGCCUUGUAUCCUAACACUUCUAAAACAUUUUCAUGCAUGAUCUUUUCAAAGCUACUCUGGGGGAUUUCCACUCCCUUGCUGUUUUAAAAUGCUUGUACUGCUAUGCUAACCACAAAGCUCACGCUGGUAGACUCUGUCUCUCUGUCUCUGUCUCUCUCUCAUUUUCUCCCCAUUGAGCACCAGCUACAGCUUCCAGGUAUGGCUUUACCAAAAUGUGUCUUGUUAAUGCUGGCAGCAGCUUAACUUGCCAGAAUUAUUUCUCAUUUCUGAAGGGCUAUCCAGGGGCUUGGUACACAGGGCUUGGGGGAAGGCUGCAGACCCAGAAACAUCUCAGGCAACAAGUUCACCUCCUGAACCGGCAAAGUGGUGUCGUGAUCUUGUAAGGGUGAGAGGCAGAGCCUUCUUACUGAGAUUUCUGUGGUGCUUGGGAAGGUGAUAAAGCAUUCAGGAAUUGCCACAGAAGUGAUGGCAACAGGUUUAUUUUCCAGCUGUUAUUUAGAUGAGGUUAUUUUAAGGCAUAACAAUAUUCUGUUGAUUAGAAAUAGAUUUCUUGAUAAUGCAAAAUUAAUUAAUUAAUUCUUUUUUGAACAUCCAGGGAAAACAGGAGAUGUAAGAAAUAAGUAAACUGGCUAUAAAAUAGCUGCUUUAGCACCAGACACACUUCAUUAAUUUUAAGAGUUUAUUUUUAAUUUUUUUUUUUAAUGCAGUGUUGUAACCUGUGUCUUGAAACCCUGAUGCAGUCUAGUCUUAUGGGAAUUCAUUGUAAUGCUUGACUGUACCUCUGUGCAAAGGAAACCCUACUGUCUUACUCUGCUCAGUGAAAAUUUGCCUAUGGACAUGAGCAAACUGAUGCUUGCUUAGUAAGGUUUUACUGUGCCUUGAGGAUGAGGUAAUAUUACAGUUGGAACUUCAAUAGCAGAGUGGUGUCUGUAUACAAAAGAAAAUGUUUAUUUUGCUGUCCUCAGCAGCAACAUCCCCCAAGGGUGCUCAGGCACAUAUCCAAUAGGAAAUUGUUACUGUUAGAAGUACUCUGUCCUGGGUACCAGCUGGUCACUGCCCUGCAGCUUGUAAGUGACUGGGACAAGAGCAGAGCAGUUCCUGAGGUUCCCUCGCUGCCAGGUGAAGGGGGAGUGAGCCCUGAGUGCUGGCACUGGGUGUGUGUUGGUGAACAAGGGAUCCUUCUCUCCUCAGCCUCUGUGCUGCAGGGACACACAGGGUGCAGCCAGGGUGCCUCUCCCACAUGGGCACUCUGCCAGCGUGUUCUGUUGGCAGCAGUCAAAAUGUUCUAACUCUCCAUGGGCUGCAAGGGACAAGGAUGAUCCCCCAGUGAUGUCAGAUGUCAUCAUCUCCUGUUUCCACAUGGCUCCCUAUAGCUUGCUGUAUCUUAAAUAUGUAUCUCAGACUGUACAGAUACUUCUAGUCAUUCUUUAGGAAACUGUUAGCACUUCCACUCUGUGUGUUGAGUUGGGGCAUAUAUUUUUUGUCUCCAAAAUAGUGGCGUUUUGGAGGACUUUAGAGUAGUAAAUCAUACAACUUUGUUAUUUUAAUUCAAAAGUACUGGAAGCAGCUAAUCUGUUCAUAAAUUUGAUAGCUUAUAAGGCAGCUUAGAGAGGGCUGUUUUAAUGCAACAUGCAUUCCCCUCCAUUCUGUUUCUGCCUGUUACCUCCCAAUGAAGUGGCUUGAUCUUAGACCUCCAAAUUUGACAAAACUUUUCCCAGUGUGCCUAAGACAGUUCUGAUCUACCAUAAAAGGUAGAUAAUUGUAGAGGGAGGGACAGGGCAUCUUCUCAGCCUUGUCCCUCCCAAGUGUCUUAGUGUAAAGCAACAGAGGUGGACUAGAGCUACAGAAAGGUAGGUGCAUAACCUUUUUUCUGUGCCCUGUUGUAUGUAUGACAUGGAAGCUGGCAAGUGAGGAAGGUGCUUUUUACUGGGAAUACCCCAGUCCUGGAGCUUGGCUGAGCCUCACCCUCCCCUCGUGCAGUGAGCCUGGCAGGAGCUGGGCUCUCAGCCCCAUUUGCUGGGCAGCAGGACCAGGGAUCUUGUCUUCUUGUCCAUGAAGAAGACAAGAUGAUGUGGUGAUCAGAUCUGUGAUAAGAACCUGGAAAUUUUCCCUUCUCAGUCUGAGACAUGGUGGCACUCAGUGCCUGUGCCUGGUUCUGCUGUCCUGGAAGUUUUGGCUGUAAUGGUGCACUCACAGCUCAUGGGGUAAUGAUUGUUUCUUAUUGGAGAAAACAGGAAAAACCUAUUCUCUUUUAAAAAAGCAACCACGUUGUAAGGAAUGGUUUUUCCUGUGUGCAGAAAGUUUGUUUUUGUGGCUAGAAGAAGUUAAUCUGUCCACAGUGGUUCAGUGUGAUCAAGGUUGCACACAGCCUCUGUCAUUCUGACUGCUGGUGGUGGAGAGAGAGAGCAGCCGUGCUGGAGGGAGCUGUUUGAACAUGGCUUUAAAAUGUUGAUGCAAUUUUAUAUUCUAGUAAGUCAUGCCCAUGCUGAUUCUUCUCCUUAUUAUUAUGUUCUGCUCAGUUUCUGAACAAGAAGCAAUUUUAAGUGUGGAGCAUUUUACUGGAAAAUGUUUGGGCUCCGUUUGGUGUGGUGGUAUUAAAACAGGAUAGCUCCCAAUUUAUAAAGUUUGUUUUUGUUAUGAAAAUUCUCCCACUUGGAUUAUUUCCAGUGAGGUUAAGGCAUCUGCAUGGAAAGAGUUGUUCCAGAAGUAUUUUGCUUGUGCAGCUCAUGGUGCAGGCAGGGCUGGGAUGCUGAGGUGGUGGGAAGGUGCAGCUGUGAGCUCUUUGUACUGCACUACAUUUGAGCUCCCACUCAUUGGUUGCUGUUUAUAGGACUUGGGCUUAGUUCCUAGUGAUUCAUACCACUUUUUUAUGUGUGGGUAGAAUUAAUUCUAUUUAUUUCAGUAUAGGGAAAUCCUUUUUUUUUAAUGUGUCUUUUAAUGUGUCGAUUUUCAGUCUCCAUAAGUUGGGGGGUUUUGUGUGUGUGCUGUUGCAGUGCAGUUGCAGUGAAAAUCCCUUUCCAGCAUGCACUGUGUCUGCCACCAGAGCAUCAUUAUGCAGCACGAGCCUGCCGCUCUCUGCUAUUUUAAACCAGCAUUACAGUUCACACGUGUGCUGAAAAACUGCAGCAUACACAAAGGCAGGACAGCUUCCCCUUGCUGGAAGCUGUGAGCAGACAGAAGUGAAAGCUCCCUCAGCCCCUACCUACGCUGGCCAGGCAUCAGCGUAAGCAGGAAAUUGAUUCAGAUAACCCUGGGCUGCUCUCACUGUCACCUACAGCACUUUUUCCCCUGAUGGUUUCCCUUUGGUUUCAGUUCCGAGAGCCCUGCGCUGGGAGCCAGGAGUGGGAGCAGAGCUGCUGCAAGUGCCCUGAGUCACUGGCAGAAUUAAUAUAGCCAAAAACUUGCACAUAAUCCAGUAAAAUAAGAGUUUACUGCUAGAAAUGAAUGAUCAACAGGAACAAGAAAGAUGUCAAGUUAAGAGGCUUCAACUUCUGUAACCCCUAAACUGAAGCUGGCAGCACGUUUCCCUCUGAAACCUGUGUCCCUCUGCAGAUGAGAGCCCUGCUGCCAGCAGCAGCCUGCUGCAAGCGGUAGCCGAGGCAGAGUGGCUGCCAGGGAGUGUUGGAAGAGCUUCUCCCCGCGCCUGCUUGGCUUCCCAGCGCAGGUCCCAUGGCCUGUGACGAGCCCGCUGCUCCCUCGGGCACCUUCACGCGGCAGAACUCCUCCAGCACCGGCUCCCUGGACUUCGAGCCCAACGCCGACUACAAGUUCGUGGAGAGCCUGGAGGAGCGCUACAAGUGCGCCCACUGCCACCUGGUGCUGCACAACCCCCACCAGACGGGCUGCGGGCACCGCUUCUGCCAGCACUGCAUCCUCGCUCUGAGAGAGUUAAAUGCAGUACCGACCUGUCCUGUCGACAAAGAAACAAUAAAAAUGCAUGAGGUAUUCAAAGACAACUGCUGUAAAAGAGAAGUUCUCAACUUGCAUGUGUUCUGCAAAAACUUUCCUGACUGCAAUUCAAAAGUAAUUCUGGGGCGAUAUCAGGAGCAUCUGCAGCAGUGUUUGUUUGAAAGCAUGCAGUGCACUAAUGAUGGAUGUCAGGAUCGAAUUCUCCGCAAAGACCUGAAGGAGCACUUGAGCCAGCACUGUAAAUUCCGGGAAGAGAGGUGCCGGUACUGUAAUGCACAUGUGGUGUUAAUUAACAUAAAGAAUCAUGAGAAAAAUGACUGCCCUGAUUAUCCUGUGCCUUGUCUCCAAAACUGUUCACAAAUAAUUCUGAAAAAAGAGAUUGAAAAGCACCACGCUGUGUGUCCUGAGGCAGAAGUGGACUGUCCAUACAAGCAGUACGGCUGUCAUGUAAAGGUUAAAAGAGGGAAACUUGCUGAACAUGAAAACAGUGCCCUGAGGGAACACAUGCUGCAGAUUUUAGACAAGAACUCCCGGUUGGAAGAGCAGAUAUCUGACCUGUAUAAGAGCCUGGAAUGUAAAGAGAUUAAAAUCCAGCAGCUAGCAGAUGCCAUUAAGAAGUGUGAGAAAGAAUUCAGACAGUAUACACAACUGUUUGGUAACAAUAGCAACUUGAUGGUAAGCACUCAGGCUCUGGCCAGUCACCUGGACAAGUCUGCACGCCUGGAAUCACAAGUGAAGCAGCUAAUACAGAUGGCAAACCAGCAGCAAAGUAAACUAGACCUGCGGCCCCUGUUUGACACCAUUGAAACAGUGAAACAGAAGAUUGCCCUGAUGGAGACGUACGACCAGCGCUUGGUUGUUUUGGAAGACCAAUCCAGCAAACAUGAUCGCCAGAUCAAUAAUCACAAAGCACAGCUCAAUAAAAACGAAGAACGAUUUAAGCUUUUGGAAGGCACGUGCUACAAUGGGAAAUUAAUCUGGAAAAUCACGGACUACAAGAAGAAGAAAAGAGAGGCAGUGGAGGGCCGUGUGCCGUCCAUAGCCAGCCAGCCCUUCUACACCAGCCGCUGUGGGUACAGGCUGUGUGCCAGAGCCUACCUGAACGGGGAUGGCUCGGGAAAGGGAACCCACAUCUCCCUCUACUUCGUGGUCAUGAGGGGCGAGUUUGACUCGCUGCUGCUGUGGCCUUUCAAGCAGAAGGUUACACUUAUGCUUUUGGACCAAAGUGGGAAAAAAAAUCACAUUGUGGAAGUCUUUAGAGCUGAUCCCAACAGCAGCAGUUUCAAAAGGCCAGAUGGAGAAAUGAAUAUCGCCUCUGGCUGUCCGCGCUUCGUGCCACACACCGUCCUGGAGAGCACAAAGAACACCUACAUCAGAGAUGACACUCUCUUCUUGAAAGUGGUCGUGGACCUAACUGACCUGGAGGAAUUGUGAAAAGCCCGGUCUAUGUGACUGCUGCUUUUGUGGUGAGCACCAGCCAUGCAAUAGCAAAUUGCCACCAGUCAAGCUACUGAGAAUAUUUCAUGGCUUUGGACUACAGGACAGAUAAAGAAUUGCCAAAGCAUCAGCCUUUCCUUUUCUAUCCUUUUUUCCAAGACUGCAUUUUUAAGGCAGCUAGAAGUCCAUGCUGGCGCAAAGAUGCAUCCAAUUCAGAUUGGUUCAGUCCAGGCUGGGGGGAAUGCUUGGCUCCCAUCCCCAGACUGCCAUUUGGAGAUGAACCUCCUCCAGAAAAUUUCCAGGAGCCCAGGCAGGCCUGUGGGCUCCUCUCCCUCACACAGAAGUGAAGCCAUGCCCAAACAUGCAAGUGCAUUUCAUCUGUCUGCAAUGCAAACAUUUCAACAUUAGCAAAUUAGAAUCAAUGUGUCUUGAUCCCUCCAUCUCCUGGAUUUUUGAAGCAGUGAGAAAGGCUUCAGUCAGGCAGGGUAAACAUUGGCCAAGUAUCUUGCAUCUUUUUAUUUGUUUUAAUCAUGUUUUUCCAGAAAGCCCAGAGGAAGGAGCCAAUGCCUCUUAUUUUUUACCCUUUUUUUUCAGCUGUACAGAGUACCCCAGGUCACAACAGCUUUCUUGUGUCCUUUCCACUCCUGCCUAGUGCCUUGGGACUGGUUUCCAUUGGUGGUAAACAUCCACAGUCCCCAUCUGAAGCCAAAAGCUGCAGGUGCUUCUCACCUCUCAGGACAUGGCCAGAGGCAGGGCAGUCAGCCAGCCUGCCAGCUCCUAGCUGCACUGCUGCAGAAGGGGCAAAACUCCUGUUCUUUUGCUUCCACAUCUGUGCAAAAGAGAUGUUUUCUGGCCUUACCAGCUCUACAAAAGGCAGGAAUAGCUUGGGGAAUAGCUCACUUAUGUAACAUGCACUGUUCCUCCUCUCCUAGAAGUUUGGGGAAAGGGGGAAAAUAGAUUAGGGAGUGAGGUUGCUGUAAGAAGCCAAUUUUGACAAUCAGUGCAGCUUUAGUGUUUGUUGAAGGAUGACACAGCUGCUGACCAUGAUGUCUGAAGAUCUUAAUUUUUAUUCCAAGUUCCUUCCAUAUUGCAAAGGAAUGUGUGCAUUGUACAGGGUUUAUUUGAGACAGACUAAAACCACCAAGGUCAGGCACUGAGGAACAAGUGACACAGAACACAUGUGCCUUUUUAAAGUCCUUUGGGUGCCUGUAAGAGGGAUGUAAUUCUGCAUGCUCAGUGGUUUUGUUAUUACAAGUGGCAGAAUUUUGCAUCUCUCAUCUCUUACAGGUCAGGUGGGGAAACACCUCAGCAUUAUCCAUUGCUCCAAAGCUUAUCAAGAGACAGCAAGAAACUAAGCUGGUUUUGGAGUAAGAGUAAACUAGGCAGGAUAAAAACCAAAACAGGGCACAGACUGAAAGGCAUAAGAUAGAAAAUUCAAGAGGGCAAAUGUGGUAAAAUGAAAAAUACCCUUCCCAUAAGGGAUGUUGAUAAGAAUCUAAAUAAUUCAAGGAUUGAUACCCAGAUGAAGGCAAAGUACUUUAUUUUGUAUCUGCAAUCUUAUUGCUAGACAUUCACUUUCCCACAUGGUUUUCAGGGCAUAAUUCAGACACAUGUAUUUUCUAACUCAGGGGUGGAGGGGAAGAGACCUUAGUAAUCUGUACCUCCUGGUGGGUUAGCACAUGGGAAAUCUUUGUUUUGAUCUAGAAGUCCUUUUGUUUUAUAAUGUCAAGAUGUACUGAGCCACCAUAGGGGCUUUCCAUGUUCCUGGGGACAGAUUGUGAGGAACAAAUUUAUUCUUGUGUACCUCCACCAUUGACCUCAGGAAUCAUUUCAGCUGUAAAACAGAAUUAAUUAGGCAUAACACUUGGUUACAGAAAGAGCAGGCUUGUUUUGACAGUGGUGUGCCAUUCUGUGACAUCAACCCUGAGCCUGGAUUUCAUGUCACUCAUUACUUUAAUUUUUGUCAUGUAACCUUCAAAGUGACACAACUUCCAUAAUAACCACUAACAACUGAUGGGAAUGUACCAUCCCUGUGUCCUGGGGCUCUCCAGGACACUGAGUGUUCAAUACAGAAAGUGAUAAAGGACAAGCAAGGGAGGCAAGAUGGAAAGGAUGUGUGUGGUCUGUAUCCUGGCAAAUUCCCAGCCCUCUCUGCCUCCACCACCCCAAAUGUAAAAUGGGAAUAAUAAUACUUGCAGAAGCACUAGGGCUAUUUAAAUGUUUGUGAAGAAGUUUGAGCAUGAAAAGAGCUAAGUUUUAUUAAAACUGCAUUUCUAAUUGUUAGAAUAAGUGAUGGCAUAGUGAUGUGGAUAAGUGUUUAGUGUUUUCCUAGACAGAUUUUGGAAGCAUGUUUGGUUUUAUGCAGUUCCUACCUGCAGUCUCUCCUCUACCUACUGGUUGGGUUUAGGUUUUUGCCAUGAAUAUUCUUUUUAAAAUUCUGAAGCACAAAUUCAUCCUGGGUGAUGGAAACAUCCCUUUUGAAAUACUGCCUGUUUUAUAAAGAAUUAGUUGAGAAGAUUAAUUUUUUUAAAGACAACCUUCUUUAAAUUUGUUCUUUUUAGUACAGAAAUUAAGAGAUUUAUGUUAAAAUUUUCAGUGAUUUUUUUACUGCUUGUAAACAGGGUUUUAAAUUUCAUCCCAUUCCUAAUAAAGAAAAAAUGUUGUAUAGCAUGAACUGUCAGGAAGAAUUUUGAUGUUGCAUGAAGAAUACCAAAAAACUUUUCAAUAAUAUUGUACUGGGUAAGUAACCAAAAGAGCAUAGGGUAUUUCUACAUCAGCAUACCAUAUGUUUCUAAUGUAUUUAUUGAUAGUUUGUAGUUGUUUGAAUAUCUCUUACUACAAUAGAGACAUUUUUCUAGCCGAAUGUCUUUACUGUGUACAUAAACUAAUGUAAGAAUAAAUAAUUUUAUCAUCCUUCUAGA